AUGGCUGCUGCCCAGAAGCAUGUGCUGCGUGUGUAUGUUGCACGAGACACUGCCGUGAAAUUUAUUCUACUUGAGCGACCAAAGUCAGUGGAGGAGCUGAAACAAAUAAUGCAAGAGAGGUUCAAGCCGAGACUGGAUGGGGACUUUAGCCUGCACUAUGAGGAUCCAGACUUUGAUGGUGAUCUUUGUCUUCUUGUGGACAUCCAGGAGUUACCAGAGAAGGGCACAUUGAGAGUCAUCAGACCUGAAGGUGACACCUCAUCUACUGCAUCUUCCGACACAGACAUACUCCCACAUGUACCUGCGUUACAGCGCCAGAAGAGUUGGCCUGAUAACUUUGUGGUUCCUGGUUUUGGUUAUGAAGUGGAGCAUAUACUAGAAGAAGGAAAUCGUAUUUAUGAAGAAUCAGGAAAAUUGCUGAAGUUAAAGAGGUCACAGAAGAGUGAAAUCCUUAAGAAAAUGGCAGAAAUGAUCUACAGUUUUAAACCAUACCCACAUGAAAAGGAAUUGGCAAUGGCUGCUCAAGCUUUGAUUACAGCUCAUCCAUGUCUAAGAAUGACGGCUGGUGAAGAGUUGGGAUGGAAACGUCACAUAGGGUACAAGGUUGCGUCUUACCGUAACAAUCUGGCCAAAGCUGGGGUUGCUGAAGUAGCCAUCAACACAGGGAGGCGGAGCCGAAACAACCCCGACAAUGAUCACCCCCAUCAAAACAUAAAGAAAGCUCGAAAAGCUGAGGUCAACUACAUCAUCAACCUACCAAAAGAUCAAACCCCAGCCACUCUGGAAACAAUGAGAAAAGAAAUCCUAUAUGAAGUCGAAAAGACUGAGAGAAACCAAUUAGUCAUAGGCAAGCUCAUGAACACAACCUAUGCCCUUCGUCGCCAAGAAAUUGUUGGAGCUCUUGUUGCUCCACGGGUGAGAGACGUCGUGGACAGAUGGCCAGCCCUACUUAUGGAGUCACAGGUGUUUGCAGAGUUUCACCGAAUCAACAAUGUUAACCUGCGCAAUCAAUUCUACAAGGAGCUGGACAGACACACGCCAAAACUCAUCACCUUGUUCAGAGACAAGGCCACCAAGACUAGCAAGAUAGCGGAGGAGCUAGCCGAGUUCGUGAGGAUUUACGACCUUCAGGAUCAACGUGAUGUAAAUAUGAGACGGGCCUUCGUCCUUCGUGCACUUCCUGUGUACCUGCGUGAAGAUGCCUCCAAGUUCUUCAGGACCUGUAAUUCAGCAGAUGGUCCAGACCUCACUGACACCCCCGUGGCUCUCCUGACAGUCGUCACGGAUGACACUACUGAUGCGGCCCUCUUCAGCCCUGAGAGCAUCUGUAUUGUCGUGGAGGAUGAAAUACUUGUGAGUGGUCCCACAAAUCUGGCAGACUCAUUUCUCCUGCUCUUUGGGUACAUCUAUGCACUAGACCUACAGUACCCAAAGAAUCUCGAGCUUACAUUCACAUUUAUCCAAAAAGUUGUGAUGUGUCUUGAAGACAACAAACCACUGAAAGGGCGUCUACUGACGCUGAAGAAUGAUUUGUCCAAUGAGUGAAUCACUCAGAAUGGACUAUUUGUUGAGCUGAGUAUUGGAAGUUUUUUUUUUUUUUCUACCUCAGAUUUAAGAUGACACUGUUUGCCUCUCCUACUUCAAAUUUAAUGCAGUGAUUGUUAAUAUAUGAAUAUCACAACAUUGACGCAUUCACAACAUGCACUUUAAAACCCAUUUUGUUUUUAUGGGGUCAAUUCCUUUUUAUUUUAAUUUAUGACAAGCGCUUUGUUUUGAGUUUUGAGCUCCUUUGA